GGAUUCAAGCAAGCAGUAGUCACCAGCAGUGUGCUGAUUACUACCCCUCGGCGGCGGCGAGGCCACCGCCAGUCCCACCGUCGUCUCGUCGAGCACAGCGAGCUUGAUCGCCUCGAGAUGAUCGACCCGUUGAGCCUGGUGGGCUUGAUCCUAACGAUGGUGCAGUUGAUCGCAAAGGAAGCGGAGACGGCACGGCAGAACAAGAAGAAGUGCUUGGACCUGGCCGAACGCGCACGCACUCUGGCCAACGUACUGCCCAGCUACGAAUACCCUGCGGUGAAAGACGAGGACACGGAGAGAGUGCUGAGGAGGCUCAAGGAGGCCCUCGACGAAACCUUGACGCUCAUCCAGUCCUGCCAGACUGUAAGUAUAUGCUCCCGUAACCGGAAGGCCGCCGAAUUAGACGGCGUUAACGGAAAGAUCAACGACUGCAUCAGGGACCUCAAUUUCAUCAGAAACGCUCGCACAAAUCAGGUAGCAGCAGCUAGCUCAGUCCCAGCUCAAACUUAUGACCACGGCUCCUACAAUCAGUACCAGGCACAAGGAGGAGGAGGUGCCUCCAGCAGCGCCUGUGUUGGCUACCCCCCGCCUCAGUACGCACCCGUCAAUGUUCACUGGACUCCGGCUCCGUCUCCCUACCAUGCUUCCCCAGCCCCCUCGGCCUCGGGUUACAAUCUAUCUUCCCUUUACACACUUCCAACCAUCAACAAGGUCUUUGACAGUAUGUGUAAUGGAUUUCGCUAGUGCUCGUUCGUUGCAUCUGGAGUAAUGUUAUCUUUCUGGAUGACAAAUCUGUAUCCAUUUGUGCAGACAGUAUGAAUGAUAAAUCAUUUAUUUGCAGCAA